AUGCCCACUUGCGAUCCUGCGAUUUUCCAAAAUCCAAAUGUGUAUUGGUCAUAUUGUCCCUCCGAGCCAGCUGCAAUUUUAUUCGCAGUCCUCUUCGGUCUCACAACAUGUGUUCACAUCUUCCAGACAUACCAGUACCGGAUGCGCAAUGCCUGGAUCAUUAGCAUGGGUGCCGGCUUAGAGACUGUUUCGUACAUCCUGCGACUGGUCUGCAUCCAUCAGGUCGACUUAUCCCAGGUUUACGAGGCGCAGUUUAUUCUGAUUUUGAUUGCUCCAAUGUGGAUGAACGCGUUUGACUUCCUGCUGCUCGGACGGCUGGUCAACUACUGUCUUCCCGACAAGAAGAUUUGUGGAUUCGCAGCACGGCGCGUCGGAAUCCUUUUCGUUAGUUUGGAUGUCGGUAUGUUUAUUCUCCAGUUGGCUGGCGCCGCCAUCACCACAUCCGACGAUAACAGCACCAUCAACACUGGUCUGCAUAUUUAUACCGCUGGUGUUGCCUUGCAACAGUUUUUCAUCAUUUGUUUCAUUGUGUUGAGCGUGAUUUUCCGCCGCCGUCUGGCUCGCGAAUGUGACCCCGAAAGGGCAAAGAGCGUUCAACCUGUUCUAUACACUCUAUAUCUAUCUCUCGCCUUAAUCUCGUUCCGAGUGAUCUUCCGCAUCAUCGAGUUCGCGGGCGCCAACACCAGUAAGCUCGCCACGACGAUCGGCAACCAUGAGAUUUUCAUGUAUAUUUUCGAUUCCCUACCUAUGUUCUUCGCCCUUGUUAUUUUCAAUGUGAUCCACCCCAGUAAGAUUUUUGUUGGACCGGACGCCAACUGGCCGAAACUCAGCAAGGAGGAAAAGAAGGCCACCAAACAAGCGAAGAAGCAGGCGAAGCAAUUGGCCAAGGCAGGUAGCUUGACAUCUCCUACGGUCUAG